AUGUUGACAAACGACUCCAACUCGACACUACCAACUGCCAAUACCAAUGACGAAUCAGCACCAGCAGAUGAACAACCAUCAUCAUCAACAUCAGUCAAAUUCCCAAUAAAUAGACGUCAUCAUAGCGUUAACAUGACCAUGGACACUGCCAAAGAACAAGAAGAACAAGCAGCAGCCGCAACCUCAAAAUCAGAACCUCAAAGCCCCAAACGAAAUACAUUGGACACUAUACCUCAGCAUAACGAUGAAGAUGAUUUGGAUACUAGUAGUAUUGUCGAGGCAGGUGCAAAUCAACAGGGUAUACCUCUUCAUCAGAGACAAGAGCAGCAAGACAUAACGGCAACGACGGGGACGACUACUUCGGCUGUUACUACAAGUACGAGUUGUUUGUCGAGUGUUGAAGCUAGUCCAACUGCUACUGAACCACAUCAGUCGUUGGUUGAUGUUGGGUCUGCGAGGAUUUUGUUUGUGUCUAAUUGCCGAGGCAAAUGGAGUGAAAUUAAUCGAUUGGUUGAUCGAACUGGUGCUUCUAUGGUUGUUCAUUGUGGGAAUUUCGGAUUCUUUGUAUCCAACGAAUACAUGAAAAGCAAGAAUCUACGGCAGAUUGUAUGGGGCUCUGCUUGCUUGAGUGAUAAUGAUCGGAAUCUUGUGCAUACGAACGACACAGCAGCGAUACGAGACAUGCUCUCAAGUCGACAGUUUCUAUCAGAAAUGUCGGAUUUUGCGUCUGGAAGGUGUCGUUUCAGUGUACCCGUUCAUGUCGUCUAUGGUUCACAUGAAGAUAUUACAAUCAUUGACAAACUAAGCUGUGGCGACUUGUCAAUCCCCAAUCUUCACUUGUUGCAUGAAGGAACUCCAACACGUCUACCAACUCAACCACCAGUCCUCUUGAUGGGGUUGGGAGGCUCACUUCUUCCAAGCUCAUUGUAUGAUCAUGCUGAUGGACAACUGGGUCAUGCUGGAGCUGGUGGUUUGAUGUGGACUACAGUAUUGCAGAUUGGACAGUUGGUUAAAGAUGCAAUGGCUGUUGGUCAUGGAGAUGAAGUACGGGUUCUUGUGACUAGUGUUGAUGCGAAUGAGUACUCGUUGUGUUCUCAACUUGCUAUGACGCUUGAGGCCGACUAUUGUGUAUGCCCUUCCAUGAACUCGCCUAUUCCAACAAUCCAAAAUGGAUUCCAGACUACCAUGAUGCGACAACUAUAUGACAAGUGUGUCGAGUUUGAUGCUGCAUACCAACGUAUCUUUUCCAAGUUGUUACGAGAGCAGAUUGAAGCUAAAGCAACUGAGUAUCAACGUGUCUUGUUACAAACUGGUGAAAGCGUCAUCAAAAAAUUGCCUGCUUCUCGAAAAGAUUAUUCGGGGUGGUGGAAUCUUCUAAUCUCAGAUAUUGCUUCUGGUAUGGUCAUGUUUGAUCUACAGAACUAUCGGAUUUCGAUGCAAAUGCAUUCCGAGGGCAUUCCAUAUGGCAACCGUGUCGCCAAAUCACCGACAACAGAAACCACCGAUGCACCAAGACUUGUGUUGCCACUCUCGCGAUCAAGAUCCGUAUUAGACUCUGCAAUACCAGGAGCAUCUCCAGUCCCAUCUCUACCAAACUCUCUUCGACACGCAGAUGCUGAAUCCACUGGAAGAUCUUCACCUGCUGGAUGGCCAGAUGCAGAGUCUGUAUCUGGGUCUGUGACUGGAACACCACUCACUCUCACACCUACUCCAUCCAUGUGGCACGAGUCAAUGUUGAUUGCUGCUGUUAAUGAUGAGAGGGCUUCACUACGACAUGGUCGUGGUAGUGCCUUGCAGAUACGACAUCCGUCUGGCAGUGUGACUGAUGAACGAAUUGGAUGGGAGACUGACAGUGAUGAUAGUGAAGGCAGCUGGGAUCCACCGACGGGCUCAAUGACUGUCUGGGUUGGUAAUCUUCCCGAAGAUGUAACCGAUGAGGAUGUUGUCACGUUCUUCAAAAAUAUUCCGAUCAUGCGGGUCAAAAUCUCUUCUAGAAGACCUGAUCGACGACCUACUGCAUACGUUGAUGUUCCACACGCCGAUGCAUUGGAACGUGUAUUGAGAUGUAGUGGGGAACGGAUUCGAGGGUCUCGCCUUAAGAUUGAGUAUGAUCCAACUCGGCUAGCCAAGAUUCGAGAUGCACGAGCUAGUAAAAGAGAAUCACGUAGACAGAGUCGAGCUGCCUCUGUGGAAUCUACUCCUGUUGUGUCACUGAGUGCGACUGGUGAGCUUGCUGGUAUUGCACCGAGACCCGGAUCCACUCUUGCUCAUAGGAGACCUGCUCAACUUGCAACGAUACCACCACGACAUGAGAAUUCACGCAAAGGGUCUAUAUCCUCUAGUUGGAGACCUGAUAUAUCGGCACCUCCAUAUGUACCCGAAUCAGUAAAUAUAGAUCAUGGAUCACCACCAUUAGCACCUAUACCAUUGCCUCCAUCUUCAGGACAUCCAAUGAAUGCGUACCCACGGUCAAAUGCCUACUUGUCAGUCCAACAUCCACCGCGAUUUGGUGGCGGUCCAACUUCAGCUCCAGCUACAGCAGCACCAUGGAGAGAAGGAGGAGGAGGACCACAAUCUCGAUCAGUGUCAUCGUCAUCAUCUCGAUCGGAUUAUAGACCAGCAGAUCCUAGUCCACAGCCACCGAACUCGGUGCUUCAAACAGCAGCACCUGCUGGUUGGAAGAACGGUAGUAUUCCUAUGGCGACUUGGGAUUCACCACCACGUAAAAAUAGGACAUCUUUCUCUACAGGUGCUCAUUGGGAUCGACCUCAUCAUGACCAAGGGCCUGUAGCUGUAGUUGGAUGGGAGACGUCUUCAGUAGUUAUGCCCGUUGCGACUGCUCAGAUGGGAGGAGCAGGAUCUGGCUAUUCAUGGAGUAACAAUAGUAAUAAUAACUGGACUGAUGAGUCAUGGGCUACUGCCAAUACAUCAUCAGGCAGUUGGGCCGGAGCAAAUGAUCGCAAUGCUUCUUGGAAUAGCAACAAUAAUAGUAAUAAUAUGCCGUUGGCUGGUGGUAUGGCUGGUGCUGCAUCCGCUACUCUUCCACAUCGAUCUUGGAAUGCCUCACCAGCCGCAAAUGUAUCGGCAUCAGUAUGGGUUGAUGGAUCAGAAUCAGAUCAUGGACAAUGGACACCACCGACUCCAGUGUCUGAAGAAGAUUUAUGGCGGAUGGAUGCUGCUGAGCACGCCGCCAUUUUGGGUAACAGUAAUAGUAAUUCUAGUAGUAGUAUUCAUAGUAGUAGCAAACGAGUCAAUUCGUUUGGAGGUGAGACUUGGGUUGGAGCAGAUACUCGCGGUGGAGGUGGUAAUCGUGAUAUGAGUGGUGGUAGUGGUCAACCAUGGGAAAGGUCUCCACACCUUUUAUCCAAUUCUGCACUACCACCAGCACCAUGGUCUGAUAAGCCAUUCAUCAAUAAUUUACCACGCCCUUCGUCUUCUGCAUUUACGGCAGUUCAACCUAAUAAUAGCAAAAUGAUGUCUGGUAGUGCACUCCCUGCUGGUGGUGGUAGUGGAUGGAGUUCAACUGCUUCGUCCCCACGCCGACAUAGUAUAGGUGGUGGUGUUUCUACGACAUCGUCUCUGCAUCAUCAGGCUUCAUCAUCAGGCUUGGGUAAUGGAUGGGACGCUGCUGGAUUUGAUAAUGUACAGUGGAAGGGUCAGCCAUCCAUGCAACCUGCUAUUGGUGGUUUGGUUAGUGGAGCGUCUUGGACUUGGAAGUGA